AUGUCUUCAUUACCCUACCGCCGUCAGCCCUCGCGGCAGACGUCUCGACAAGCCUCGACAGACGAUCGAGAAGCUGUGCAAGCACAGAUGGAUUACUAUAUUGGCAUUGACGUGGGUACGGGAAGUGCUCGAGCUUGUAUUAUCAACGAUAAGGGUGAUAUUGUGGGAUUGGCCUCGGAGAACAUUGGCUUGUGGCAGCCUCAGCAGAGCUACUAUGAGCAAUCUACUUCCGAUAUCUGGCGUUGUAUCUGUAUCUCCGUGCAGCGUGCUAUCAGCCAGCACAACAUCAACCCCGAAUUUGUGCGGGGCAUUGGAUUUGAUGCAACCUGCUCCCUGGCCGUAUUCUCCACCGACACCGAUGAGCCCGUCUCAGUGACCGGUCCCAAUUUCGACACUGAUCGCAACGUGAUUCUGUGGUUAGAUCACCGUCCAGUCGAGGAAACCGAUUUGAUCAAUGCCACUAACCACAACCUCCUCCGCUAUGUUGGCGGUAAGAUGUCUAUUGAGAUGGAAAUCCCCAAGGUCCUGUGGUUGAAGAACAACAUGCCAAAGGAGCUUUUUGAAAAGUGCAAGUUCUAUGAUUUGGCGGAUGCAUUGACUCACAUUGCUACUGGCAAUGAGAAACGUAGCUUUUGCAGUGUCGUUUGCAAACAGGGAUAUGUUCCUGUUGGCGUUGAUGGAAGUGUCAAGGGAUGGCAAGACGAUUUUCUGAAGGAGAUUGGCUUGGAGGAUCUAGUCACCGAGGACUACAAGCGCAUGGGUGGUGUCGACGGGGUGAACGGCGACUACCUGAGCGCAGGUGAACUCGUCGGAACACUCUGUGACAAAGCUGCCGCCGAACUUGGACUCCCCCCAGGUAUCGCAAUCGGUAGCGGUGUCAUUGACGCAUACGCCGGAUGGAUCGGAACAGUCGGUGCCAAGGUCAACCUGGAAGGCGACGAAAUCGACGCAGACGUCGCAAAGAAUGACCGUACCCAGGCUUUCAGCCGCCUCGCUGCAGUUGCUGGAACAUCGACAUGCCAUCUGGCAAUGUCCCCCAACCCAGUCUUUGUGCCGGGUGUUUGGGGUCCCUACAGAGAUACUAUCAUUCCAGGAUAUUGGAUGACAGAAGGUGGUCAAUCUGCCACUGGAGAGUUGCUCAAGCAUGUGAUUGAGACGCAUCCUGCUUUUAACCAGGCUAUUUCCGUUGCCGAAUCAUACCACACUAACAUCUACGAAUACCUGAAUGAGCAUCUGAAAGAAAUGAUGGAAGAUCAAAACGCCCCCAGUAUUUCUUAUCUCGGUCGCCACUUUUUCUUCUACGGUGAUUUGUUUGGCAACCGUUCCCCAAUUGCUGACCCCAACAUGACUGGUGCUGUGGUUGGUCUAACCAGCGACAAGACGGUUGAUAGUCUCGCCAUCUACUACUAUGCUACGUUAGAGUUCAUAGCACUGCAAACAAAGCAAAUUGUUGAUACUCUGAACGAGGCCGGCCACAAAAUCAACUCCAUCUUCAUGUCUGGAUCUCAGUGCCAAAACGAGAUUCUUGUCAAGCUCAUCGCAUCCGCUUGUAACAUCCCUGUUCUCAUUCCUCGCUAUGUCCAAGCCGCUGUUUGCCACGGUGCUGCCAUGCUUGGCGCUAAGGCUGCUAGUGCAGACGGAGAAGGCAAAACCGAGGAUCUGUGGUCCAUUAUGGACAAGAUGAGCAAGCCUGGUCGCAAGGUGGUUCCUUCGACGGACAAGACUGAGAAGGCUCUACUUGAGGCCAAAUACAAGGUCUUCUUGGAGCAGUGCUUCAAGCAAAAGGAGUACCGAAAACUUGUUGAUGAUGCUAUCGGGGCGUGGAACAUGAAGAACUAG